GAUGUCAACAAGUUACACAAGCGAGAGAUGGGGUUUUACAAGAGGACAGUUUCACAACUGUAAAAGAGGCUCCACGCCCACAUCCCCCACCCUUCUCCACCGGCCAAACCUGUGGCACCAGGGCUUCCUGUGAGGGAGCAUUACAGAGAAAUACUACACACACUCAAAUCAGUGGACAAACCCACGCCUUCUCUCUCUACACAACAACCGUGAGAGAAACACGUUUUUUUCUUCUUCUUCUCCUUCUUCUUCUUCACGGUCCUCUCUGAGUGACGAGUGGGGCCACACAUGAUCGGGGCUCGACCGGGAUGUUAUAACGUGAUAGUGUCGGAACAAGUAUUGCUCGUAGUCGCCUGUCCGUCCGGACCGCAGUCCAAACGUAGCCCCGCGUGAAUUAAACCGAUAUUUCCGCCAUGGAGUUGAGUUCAGUGAUCUUAACGACCGGGAGCUCCAUCGUGUUUUUCCGACUUGUCAACACUGCGGUCGGAAAGCUGCCCAUGCCCGAGUCUGCCUGCAGGAAUGCAUGGAGGUGGAGGAACAUCUCCACGUCCUUUGUGCACAGUUUCAUCACUGCGAUAUGGGCAGUGCUGUGCUUUUUCCUUCACCCAAAGAUGGCUGAAGAUUUGAUAGAAACCCACUCUGUGUUUUCUCACGCUUUGGUGUCGUUUUCUAUCGGUUACUUCAUCUAUGACUUCCUUGACAUGGUGGGCCACCAGAAGCUGACUCAGUCCUGGGAGCUUCUCUUUCAUCACAUCGUGGUGAUCACCUGUUUCGGCGUCUCUGUGCUGUCUUGCCGCUACAUUGGCUUCGCCGUGGUGGCCCUGCUGGUGGAGAUCAACUCUGUGUUCCUCCACCUCAGGCAAAUGCUCCGUCUGGCCGGCAACGCGGUGGGCACGCUGUAUCGGGUCAACAGCAUCCUCAACCUGGGCACGUACGUGGUGUUUCGCAUCAACACGCUGGCCUGGAUGACCCGCUGGCUGGUGCUCAACAGGGACAACGUGCCCCUCCUGGCCUACACACUGGGCAGCGUGGGAAUGGCCAUCAUGACCACCAUGAAUAUCGUCCUGUUUUGUCGGCUACUCAGGAGCGACUUUUUGAAGAGCAGCGCCCGGGAGACCAAGAAAGAGAAGGAGAUUUAAAGAUGAGUUGAGGAAGGGACACAAGAAGGAUUAUAAUCUAACACACCCGUUACUGUAUUUUAACACCAGCUUGUGUGUGUGUGUGUGUGUGUGUGUGUGUGUGUGUGUGUGUGUGUGUGUGUGUGUGUGUGUGUGCGUGUUUGUGUCCUUACGUGAAACACAGAUCAUCAAACACAGCCAUAAUGUUAAAAGCUACAUUUAGUUGUAGUUUUAACUUUAGGCUUGUGUACGUGUGUGUGGUCAAAAUAAUCAUGAAGUGCCGUUAUCGUCUCACUGAUGGCAGAUGUAGGAUUCUUUAUAUGAACAAUGAAAGGUUGUGUUAAACAAAACCAAUAGCCUUAUUUCCCGCAUGAUGUGGUUCAGUUAAAUCUGUUCUAAAAUGUAACUUUAGUCAGUGAAGAUGCUCUGUACAUAAAACAAACCCACUAACUCAUUAUAUUUCCAAAGAAAACAUAGGCAGCAAGUGCAAAUAUCUGAAGAAUAAUCUUUUUAUUUACCUCUGAGUAAGAAAAACCGUAGUAUCCAAACCCUCUUGUUCAACACUAGCACUGCAAAGGUUUUCUUUUCCUCCAACAAAUCUCAACUAAAAACCGCCUGCUACCUCAGAAAGCUUCGUUCUUUGCCUCACUCUUACACCAGCUUUGAUGUCAGUGUUUGUCAGGCUCUUUGUUAAAGGUGUAGACAAAUUGGAGAUGGGUGAAUACUUUGAAGUGGCAUCUAAAUAAAACGGAUCAGAUUUGAUGACACGAUGCAGAACAGCUUGAUAUUUUGUAGCUAAACGACGUGAUGCUUUUCUAAAUUAAUUCAAAACAUCUAGGAUAAAGAAUUUAGAAAGCAUGAACAAAUCAUUAUGUUCAUUAUACAUUUACAGUAUAACCCUCAUCCUUAAAACUACUUGAGCCUUUCAGAUCUGAUUGGUAAACAAUCGUGGUCGUUGUGUCGAACAUAACAGAAUAGUCAUAGUUUCUGACUUGAUUGGCUCACAGAUCAAUUAAAAGCCACCACCAAUGGCAUCGGUGUCCGGCAGCAGUAAGUGAUGGAGGUAUUGAAAACAAAACGGGUUUAAUGAGAAUAGAAGCGCGACAUAAACAAACUGACAUGUCGUCCUUUAGUGAUCCUUGACUUGGCAGUCGGAGCUUUCAGAUGCAGAUGUUAUUCUUCGUUUGGCCUUUAGGGGGCAGCACACUCAACAUCUCCUAUGUGAUCUCAGCACAAACAACACCAGAGAGGUCUUUAUUUAGAAACAUCGUUGUAGACCUGUACCUCCUCCUGCAUUUUAUUUUAUGUUGCCACGAAGCACAGAACUGAAUCCCCGUGUGUUAAAACAAACAGGUCUGAGAUCUGUAAAUACAGAAAACACAAGGCUGUUUUCUUUUGCCGCUCACAUCAUAGUGUUACCGUCCUCAGGUGGAUCGGAAACAUCUGAUGCCAUUAUGUUUGUCCUUGUUGCCUUUUUGUGUACAAUCAUUGUUUAGGGGGUUGGAAUGUGUAUAUUUGUAAUUUAUUUGUGCUAAAAAAGAAGUUGAGGAUUAAAGAUAAAAUGAACUGAA